GGAUGGAUUGAAGUGCUUCCUUGAAUUCUGUUUUCUCACUUCUAUUGAUGUUGCCCCAGUGACAAAAUUAAGAGAAAGACGUGCAUGGAAUUAACCAGAAGGCUGCAAUUUUAACACAGGGUAAAAUAUUCUUGUAAGUACUUGAUAGUGUUUAUCACCUGCGUCAGGUCACCAUAGCUCAAGUUUAGUCCUUUGUGUACAUGGUGCUCAGAACAUGGAGGAAAAUGAUGAUGAAAAACACAGCCAAGGUGGCCAGAUGUUUGAAAACUUUGUACGAGCAUCAACAUGCAAAGGUACCAUUCAGGCCUUUAAUAUCCUCACCUGUCAGCUGGAACUAGAUCCAUUGGACAACAGAAAUUUCUAUACUAAAUUGAAGUCAAAGGUGACCAGCUGGAAGGCCAAAGCUUUGUGGAAUAAACUUGAUAAAAGAGCAAGUCAUAAAGAAUAUAAGCGAGGAAGAUCUUGUCUGAACACUAAGUGUUUGAUUGUUGGAGGUGGUCCAUGUGGUUUGCGGACUGCCAUAGAACUUGCCUUUCUUGGAGCCAAGGUUGUAGUUGUGGAGAAGCGGGACACUUUUUCAAGAAACAAUGUGCUGCAUCUUUGGCCUUUCACAAUUCACGACCUCCGGGGCUUGGGAGCAAAAAAAUUUUACGGAAAAUUCUGUGGAGGAUCUAUUGACCAUAUCAGCAUUCAGCAGCUUCAGCUCAUCCUCUUCAAAGUUGCACUUCUGCUGGGAAUCGAAAUCCAUGUGAACGUAGAAUUUGUGAAAGUUCUAGAACCUCCUGAAGAUCAGGAAAAUCAAAAGAGAGGCUGGCGGGCUGAAUUUCUCCCAAUGGAUCACCCUCUGUCAGAGUUUGAAUUUAAUGUUGUUAUUGGUGCAGAUGGUCGCAGGAACACUUUAGAAGGUUUUAGAAGGAAGGAGUUUCGUGGCAAGCUAGCUAUAGCUAUCACAGCCAACUUUAUCAACAGAAACACAGCUGCAGAAGCCAAGGUGGAGGAAAUUAGUGGUGUUGCUUUCAUCUUCAAUCAAAAAUUCUUCCAGGACCUCAAAGAGGAAACUGGAAUUGAUCUGGAGAAUAUAGUUUAUUACAAAGACAACACUCACUAUUUUGUAAUGACAGCAAAAAAGCAGAGUCUUCUGGACAAAGGCGUCAUUAUUAAUGACUAUAUUGAUACCGAGAUGCUUCUCUCUGGGGAAAACGUAAACCAGGAUAAUCUGCUGUCUUAUGCAAGAGAAGCUGCAGACUUUGCAACCAAAUAUCAGUUGCCUUCCUUGGAUUUUGCGAUUAAUCACUAUGGGCAGCCAGACGUGGCUAUGUUUGAUUUUACUUCCAUGUAUGCCUCUGAAAAUGCUGCACUACUAAGAGAGAGGCACAGACAUCAGCUGUUAGUAGCCCUUGUGGGAGAUAGUUUACUUGAGCCCUUUUGGCCGAUGGGCACUGGCUGUGCAAGAGGCUUCCUAGCUGCUUUUGAUACAGCAUGGAUGGUGAGAAGCUGGGAUCAAGGAAAACCCCCACUGGAAAUCCUUGCUGAACGAGAGAGCAUUUAUCGACUAUUGCCCCAGACUACACCUGAAAAUAUCAACAAGAAUUUUGACCAGUAUACCAUUGACCCAGGAACGCGUUAUCCAAACUUGAACUCCAGCUGUGUUCGACCUCAUCAGGUUAGACAUUUGUAUAUUAUAAAUGAGCUACAACAGUGCCCUCUUGAAAGAGUCAGCUCAAUUAGAAAAUCAGUGAAUGUCUCAAGACAUGAAUCUGAUAUUCGACCUAACAAGCUGUUAACCUGGUGUCAGAAACAGACCGAAGGGUACAGGAAUGUUAAUGUCACUGAUCUCACUGCUUCUUGGAGGAGUGGCCUUGCACUGUGUGCAAUUAUGCACCGCUUCAGACCUGACCUCAUUGACUUUGACUCUUUGAAAGAAGAAGAUGUUGUUGAAAACAACCAGCUGGUGUUUGACAUGGCCGAACGAGAGUUGGGAAUUCCUCCAGUCACCACUGGGAAAGAGAUGGCGUCUGCUGGAGAGCCUGAUAAGCUCAGCAUGGUCAUGUACCUCUCAAAAUUCUAUGAGCUAUUUAGAGGAACUCCUCUGAGAGCAGUUGAUGCUGUGGAGAAACAAAAUGGAAAAAAUGACCUCUGCUCAGCUAAAUCCUCAAACCGAAUCUUUAAUAACUACAUCAAUUUUACGUUACCAAGGAAGCGAGUACCAAAAGUUGAAAGAAGAGAAGAAAAUGAUAUGAACAAAAGGCGUCGAAAGGGCCUCGGUGAUUUUGAAGAGGCUUCAAGUUUCUCUAGUCGGGGGAUAAAUUCUGGGAAAUAUCAGGGUGACAGAGAGGGAAUGAAUCAAAAUAAAGUCAAGUCAAUGGCAACGCAGCUGUUAGCCAAGUUUGAAGAGAAUGCCCCAAAUACAUCUCUCCGGAGACAGGAGCUAGUAGAUAAGCCAGCCCUGCUCUCUUCCUCUGAUCCUCCUGCUAAUCCUCGCUUUAUUAAGCCUAAGGAGCCAAGUCCUUCACCUCCACUGGAAAGUCAGUUUCAGGCUGUAGCUAGGACUGAACAUGUGGUCAGAGAGCCAAAGCAAUCUUUGCAUGGUUCUGAUGGUGUGGCCACGGGAUCAAGAAUGAUAGAAACAACAGACAUGCAGUCCAGGCUUUCAGAAACGCUUGCAUCUACUUGUCCUGCUGCGUUUGUGAUUUCUGGAGUGCUUAAACGCCUUCAGCGUGUGGAAGAAAAAAUUAAUCAGAAGAGAGCUCAGUCAAUAGCAAAUAGGGAAUUUCAUAAAAAGAACAUUAAAGAGAAAGCAGCUCAUCUUGCUUCAAUGUUUGGAGAUGUGGACUUACCAAAGAAUAAACUACCUAAUAAAGGCCUAGCCUGUUAUCAGGCCCCAACUCUCUCUUGCCUACCAGCUCAUGAUUCAACUGCUACUUCAUCUUCAUCAUCUAUUCCCUUGGCUUAUCCUGCUGUUCAGUCUAGCAAGAUGACUGUAGGAAAGGUGUCAUGUGCGAUAGGGGUUGUGGCUGAAGUCCUUGUCAAUCUCUAUGUGAAUGACCACAGGCCCAAACCACAGGUUUCCUCCUCAGAACUGGGAUCUCUGCGAAAAGAAUUUCCUCGGACUAUAGGUGGCAGUGACAUCUGUUACUUCUGCAAGAAACGGGUGUAUGUGAUGGAACGGUUGAGUGCAGAGGGCCACUUCUUUCAUAGGGAAUGUUUUAAGUGCACCGUGUGUUCUAGUACACUCCGCCUGACAAUCUAUGCUUUUGAUGUAGAAGAAGGUAAAUUUUACUGCAAACCUCAUUUUACACGCUGUAAAACAAGCAAUAAGUACAGAAAAAGACCAUCUAUGUUAAAGAUGCAAGAGAAAGUGGAAACAGAAAUGUGGACUCAAGAGGAACCCAAGCAUCCAGACACCACCACAGAAAGUACUUCUUCUACUGUUAGCGGUCCAGAGGACAGGCCCCCAGACUACUACUUCAGGAUAGCAGAUGAACCCACCUCUCCUAAGAAGCCUAAGAAUGCCCCUGAGCACAAUUUUGAGAGCAGGUGCUCAGCCCUUUCCUCUAACUGGACUUCUGUGAGAAUCAUCCCAGAGGAAGAAAUGACCGAACAUGACCUUCUGGCCGUUCGAGUCAUGGUAACCAGUGAUGGAAGCAGUUCAGAGUUGGAAUCUGAUUUUUAUGGUGACUCAUCCAAUUCUGAAAUUAGUGAGGGACAGUUCUGGCUGCCUGAACCUGUAUCCUACACAAAGCUCCUAAGUAAGCAUGCGUCGCAGACCCCGAGUUCCAUGAAAGAAGAGGAGCGCCGUGAAAAGUCCAAAGCUGCUGAUGCAUUGCAAAGAGCCAACAGUUUCCACUCCUCUACACUGAAUAAAUACCAGAAUUGGAGAAGAAAAAUGCAAUCUAAUUUCCCUCUCUUGUACAUCAAGAGAGCUGGGCUCCAUUCACAGGAGAGCUCUGCCAGAUCUCCGAGUGCUCUUGAAGAUGAUAUAUCCCAAUCACAGUUGACAUCUCAUAACAAACCACCAGAAAUUACAAGAGGACUUUUCAAAUCUUCUAUCCCAGUGUUUCAAAGAAAGGCAAAAGCCAAAGAGACACCUGAAGAAAUCUGUCGAUAUGUGCCCCAUUACCCACUGCAGAACAGUGUUACAGAAUCUCCAUUGAUGCAUUCUGGAAAUGUUCCUUCAGUUGCUGAUGUACAUAAAGAUGAAAAUGGUAACAAGGAAUAUAAUUUGGAUAACCUGAAAGAGAGAGAAGAAUGUACCACCAGAACAAGGGACUUCAGCAGAAAAAAUACAGAUUUGUCUUCUCUAGACCCAGAAAAAAAUGAAAGAAGCCCAAGACAGUGGAGAGAACAGCCUGACCUAGAAAUAAAAAAACAGAUAAAGAACAAGUUAAUGCUUGAUGUAGAGCAGCAAUCCAAAUUACUUGAUUUGAGAAAUGCAGAUUUAAAUGGAACAAAACUGGAAUAUCAAAGCCAAGGAAUGCUAGAAAUUUCAGAAUGGAAGGAUAUUGAUGGUAAUAGGAGAAAAGACAUAUCCAAGCAAUCCAAUCUUUCUUUGCCUCUUCCAUUUGCAAAUGAUGCUUUGCCAAAUUCAUCAGCAGACACAAAAGAAAUUCUAAAGAGUUCAGACAGUUUUGUAGAAGAAUGUCUGUCUAGCCAUCCAAAAUCACCAUUGAGACUAAUUGCCAAUGCAAUAAAGAGAUCAGUUCUAGAACCCCUUGUCUCUCAUUCAGAAAGCACAAAAAAGACUCCAGACAGUAACGCCAACCUUACUUCAGAACAUAACUUUUUCAGUUCCUCCAAUACUUUAGGUCACACUGUACCUUCAAGGGAAAAUAACAGCAAUAGAGAACAUGAUGUACAGUCACAAGAAUCUAACGUACUAGACACUCAACACUUAGUCACAAACCCAUCUAGUCUCUCCACAGAGGCUUUGUUUCCAGUUUCCAGUUUGCAUACAGGUUUCUCCAAAGCUGCUGUUAGGCCUCAAAAUUCAUCUGAUGAGAAAAUGGAUGAUGUGCCCAGACUCCUAGAAAAGUUUAAUCUUGAAGAGACUCCACUGACAGCCUCCACUGAUGACUUAUGUAUUUGUAACCAGGAGAAUCUUUUUUCAUCUCUAAGGCUCAAGAACAAAAUUUCCAAGGAUAUCCUUGGAGUUCCUGCACAAAUGAAUGAUAUGUGCUUGGUCUUCAGUAACUUUACUCCUCAAAUGGAUGAAAAGGAAAAGAACCACUCCUUAAAGUCAUCUGUGUGCUUCAGUACCAACUUCCCCCACCCAAAAGUGCUAAAUAAUUCUUCCACCGAUGAGGACUCAGGCUCUGAACACCUAUCUGUCAAAAAACAAGUGGUUGUAUGUUGUUGUUCUUCCUCUGAUGGUGAAUUUGAACACAAGCCUCCAUUAGUGCUCAAGGCAAAAAGGACCCUUAAAAGGAGAAAACUAGAAAAGGAAACAAAGCAACUGGCUAAACAAGAGGAGCUGAAAAGACUCCAUAAAGCACAGGCCAUACAGCGCCAACUGGAAGAAGUGGAGGAAAGACAGAGGGCCUUGGAAAUAAAUGGUGUUAAACUGGAAAGAGAACUGCGAGGAGAAUCAGAUUCAGGCACACAGGAUGAAACUCAGCUGUUACACGAAUGGUUUGAACUGGUCCUGGAGAAGAAUAAAUUAAUUCGUUAUGAGUCUGAGCUCUUGAUUGUAGCCCAAGAACUGGAACUUGAGGAUCACCAAAGAAGAUUGGAGCAGAAACUGAGAGAGAAAAUGGCCUUUCAUGAUAGCCUAAAAGAUGAACAGGAACUGAAUGAGGAGCAUGAAAUUUUUACUGAGCUGAUUAAAGUAGUUGAAGAAAGAGACAAACUUGUGUCUUCAUUAGAAGAACAGAGAGUGAAGGAAAAGGCAGACAAUCAGCAGUUUGAAAGCUUUAUAUUAUCUAAGGGUUAUCAACUCAGCAGGACUUAACCAAAUGCAAAUGUAUGGAACUUCAGCUAUAAACAUGGUGACAGUUUUUUGACAAAGAUCUGGCUGAAAUUGAAGACAUCCUAUCAUUUUAGUAUCAAACGUUUUUAAAUGGGUACUUUGCAUGCACAACAGUGUCUCUAGUCCCACACAAUUACAAGAAGAAACAUCACACACUCAUUGUCAACAAAAAGGGCGAGUCAUUUAGUGACAUGGAAAAUGACUGAAUUCACCUAUUUGGCGGACAGUAUGUGAAAAUUACACUGGAAUUGCCCUGGUAUUCCUUUGCACUCAGAAUUACAGUAAAACUGCAGGAAAGAGUUCCUAGGCACUUAACUACAGGAUGUGGUAUUUUGGAAACAGCAAUGUUUUCCCUCCAUUUGUCUGAAUCUGUGUGUAUUUUUGUUUCUAUUUUGACAUUGUUGAGCUACAAUGCAGUGUAUUCAAGUGUCAAAAAUAAGCAUCACCAAAGUAAAAACCAGGUUAGAGUUGAAAAUAUGUUUCUAAAGAAGGAAGGGAAGGGUCUUUAGAAUGCUGUCUAUUCUCAUUGUAAAUAACAAGUGUAAAUGCAAGGUCAGACAAAUUUAAUUAUCAGGUGCAUUUGUAAGCUUGAGUGUACUGUAUGUAUUGAAUGAGGACUUAAUACAAUAUUAAAGCCUUACAUUAUGUAAAACUGUAAUUUGAUACCAAAGAGAUUACUAUUCUUAACAAAAUGUUGUAAAGUCAAAGAUCUUUUGUCUGUAGCUGACAAAAGUAAUUACUGAAAUAUGCUGGGAGAACAUUUAAAAAAUGAUUAACAUGUACACAGUAGGUUUUGCAAUGUGCAUUCUUCACAAAAGCAUGUACUGUAUCUCCAAGUUAUCAUUAUUGUAGGUUAGAAACCUAAUACAGAAUUACAGAAAAGUAUUUUCUGCAUUUGUAUGCUGAUAGUUGAUAGAAAAUCUCUGCUUUCAUAUAAACGGCAUUUACAUUGCUGCUAAAGACUGACCAUUAUAUCUCUUGAAUGCUUUUUUACCUAAAAAAAUCAGAGAAAAGCACCUUAUAGUUUUUCAUACACACAUAUGUACGCAUGCACUUGUACAAAAGCUUUCCUUAGGAUAUGUUUUCAUUUUACUGAGAGCAGCCUUCUAAAUCUGAGAUGAUUUUGUAAUUUACAAUUGCUUGAGUUUCUUCCAUUUGUAUGUAUGAUCACCUGAAAAUUCAGUGUAAAAUGUGAGGAAACUGGAGGAGAGUUUUGGAAUAUUGUUUUACCUCAUUCUGUGACUGGAAGAGCUUACUGUUCUCAUUAUUAAAUGAAAGGUGCUUAAAUGCUGUUGCUGUCUUCAGUUCAGCAGAGGCAAAGAAAAGUCUUCCAAAUGUAGUUCUUAAAACUUUAAGCUAAUAAAACCCCACUUACAAACUGGAUUUUGUUACAAUAAUUUAUAAUCUACCUUAGUUUUUGUUGUAUUAUAAGAAAUUUAAUUGUCUCUUUUUAAAGAUAAAAACAAGAUUUUAUCAUCAUCCAUGGAUUAUCAAUAUAUCUCUGUAGGGGUGAGAUAAAAUACUAUUGUUCAACACUGUUUAUGUAUUUAUAUGCAACUGUUUACAGGAAAUAUCAGUCUCUAAUAAUAAUUUAUGUAGUUAAUUAUUUCUUUGCUUUGGAUGGUAGCUAUGAACUCUACAAUAUCAAUAAACUGGUAAAGACAUUCAUAGUAGAGCAGAGGAUUAUAUCAUUAAAGUACACAAAUAGGAAGAAAAUAUAAAGUGAGACUGUCAUCAGACACAGGAAUGCACUUCUAACAUGAUGCACUGGGAUGUAGCUAUGUUACUUCCAUUAGUCAGUUGGUGAGGCAUAGCAGAAUCCUUGCACAAUUUCAGAAUCUACUCUCUAGCAUCUUUUUUUUAAUUAUGAGCUUGUAAUCUUGAUCUUUGUGAGUCACCAUCUUAAAUACUCUCUCUUUGUUUAAAGUAUACCAUUACCAUUUCAGAUGAUACAUAUAAAGACCAACAUUAAAUAAAUCCCAGAUUCAGUGUAGACUUGCCUGUGUUUUGAAUGCUAUGGGGGCAUUUGGCAUAGAAACAAACAUUUUAAAAGUUAUUGUUUCUCCUUUGAAAUCCACUAGCACUUCCUGCUUUGCUAAGGAUAUCCUAGAUUUUUUUUUUUCCUUUCUGGCAUUAUCAGUGCCAGAAGUUUUAUGCCACCAAGUAAAGUAACAGCAUGAUGUAUUCUGAGAUAUCUGUAGCAUAGUGGGUGGUACACAUAACUUCACGACAGUUUUAAAAAAUUAUAGUUUAUUACUUAGCUCAGUGCCUUGCAUAGAUGAGGAAUGUAUUACCAAAAUCCAGAAUUACACCAAUCUUCAGAUUUUGUUUUGCAGUUCAUCUUUACGAUUAAAAGAAGCCAUUCAUUUUAAUUUGUGUGACUGACAAAUCCAGUCUGUUCUAAUCUAGACAUUCACUAAGUGCUGUACUUUACUAUUAGCAUUGAAGAACUAAGUUUUGAGGAUAUUCAAGACAACAUCAGUUGAGGACACUCAGCACCUUAUAUGUAAAGGCCCAUAAGAAGGCUAGUCAGCAUUUUUCUGUAUGCUAACUUAAUUGUAAUGUGCAUGGUGCACAAAUCCCUUCCAAAUAGUUGGUCUCCUGUGAUUAAUUGUAAUCCCUCAAAUGGAAGGGGGCCUUCUCUUGACUAGUGCUAUUCCCCCACACUAAAGAUAAGUACCUUGCAGGGUCAGCUCUAGAAUAUUCACUAGAGAUGUUUUAGAAGGAGUGAAGCAUAUGGUGUGGCAAUUGGGAAGAAAGAAUCCACCUGCAUUGGCUAUAGGCCAACAUGGUAUGUUUAGCUCAAACUCCAGAAAUGUAUUUAAAUGUUUAGUUAUGAAUGUUCUUUGCCAUCAUUCUGCCUUUUCUUUAAAUUGACUUGCUUAUAAGGGAUUUAUUGGACUUAAAUCUUUGGCAUUGUUAUUGCUGAGUAAAAUGUGACAUGGUGGACUGCAUUGCCUAUGACUAA